UCUGUGGUCAGACCUAUGGCUCAAAGGCCUGUGCAACAUGUAGGAGCACAACCAAGUUACGAGGACAAUGAUGAGGAUGACCUUGACAACAGUUCAGUGAGUGGCAAACCAACCAUUGGGCUUGGCGGAAGAGCUCGGCCCUCAUCUUCUCCCUUGUCAGUUCGUGUCAAUCAAGAUCAAACACAACCUACAAGUGGUCAAAACAUCGUGGAGCAAUCCAUGUCACCUCCGGCAGGACAAUCAUCCCUUCAAAGUUCUGCAGCUUUAAGUGUUGGUCGGCCAUCUGCAUUUGACAGUCCUUCAGAACAACCUGUAUCUCCUGGUUCCACAGGUCCAGGUCGCCAACAGUCUGGAGUCGGGAUGCUUCAUACAGUACCUAAAACAACCGCUUCUGUUCUACAAGAUGAGCUUGAUAUGCUACAGGAUAAAAAUGAAUGUUUACUUCAAAAGCUUCACCUUGCAGAGGAGAGGUGUGAAGAAGCAGAAGCAAGAGCUCGAUUGCUGGAGAAACAGAUUGCUGAUCUCGGAGAAGGUGCAACUCUAGAAGCAAGCCUUUCGAGCAGGCAAGCUUCAGGAUUACAUAUGAUUGCUGCUCUUCAGACAGAAGCUGAGAUUGAAAGAAGUGAAACAAAUUGUGUCUUAGAGAAGCUCAGUAAAGCAGAGUUCGAAAUCAAAGCACUGCAAACAGUAACUAAACAGAUGAUGCUGACUGAGGAAGAGAUGCUGCUUAUAUAUUCCUUGAGAACAUCACGUUUUGCAGGUAUUCAGGCCGAUAUAGCCUGCGUGAAAUACGACUAUUGGUCAUCAUUUGCUCCUCUUCCUUUUGAAAUAGUAUUGGCUGCUGGACAAAGAGCCAGAGAGGAGGAUAUUUCAUCCAACGAUUUAGAAGAACGGCAGAAGGUCCUCAAACACACUAACGAGCUAUCUGAAGAGAGAAUUGUUGAAUGCAUGCUUUUAGUUGAGAAAGUUCUAAGGGAACUUGAAUUAUUGAAGGUGGAGGAUGCAGUUGCAUUCGCAAUGGCUAAACAGCGACGCACGAAUAUGCAUAAAACCGAGGUGAAAAUGCCCACGGAUGGUCAAUUUGAGGCAUUUGAAUUGAGCCAAGAGGAGUCUGAAGAUGUGAGUUUUAAGCAGGCUUGGCUUACAUAUUUCUGGAGGAGGGCAUUGAGCCAUGGUGUGGAACCUGAUAUAGCAGAUGAACGUUUGCAGUCGUGGAUCAACCGCAGUUCACAAUCCUCCACUUCGCAGGACGCAGUCGAAGUUGAGCGUGGGCUUAUGGAGAUGAGGAGGUUAGGGAUGGAGUCCCAGUUAUGGAAGACAUCACGGCAGGGACUGGAGCUCGGCGCCACCGCCAGGUUGCAUACUAAGACAGAUUUCUGAUAAAAAAAAAGUUGGGAAAAUCUUCAUUUAUUUAUAGGAACCAUACAUGGCCUGAGCCGAACCUUUUAGCCGGUGAGAGUCCAUUGCCUAGAGUUUAUAUGCUACAAAAAUUUUGUAAUAUUUAGCAAUUUUUUUCCAAUGAUAAUGUACUCAAAAGAUUUUCUUU